AUGAAAUUAAGUGUACCUUAAUCCCAUUCUCCUUCUAAUUUCUCUAAACAACUUAUACUACAGCAAAGAUAAUUGUGCUUAUUAAAAGUACGGAAAUAAUUAUAAAAUUUGAAUGAUCCUUUUGACUCUACCGAAAUAUCUCGAGCUCUCAAAAAUCUAGAAACAUAACAAUAGAGAAAAUAAUUAUUAGAUUCAAUUAUCAAAAUGAGAGAAACAAAAAGAACACAAGAAGAAUAGUCAAAAUAAGAAUAGUUACAAAGAUUAUGGGUUAAAGCAAAUUAAACUAAUAGUAGAAAAUUAAAUACAAAUUAUGUUUAUCAUCGAGAUUUAGAUGACUUUGAGUCAAUAAAAUAAUCUAGAUUUAGAUUUGAAUCAGAAAGAAUAGAAAAUUUCUAUCUUAGAAAUGAAAGCAAAUAACAUCGUAAUUUACAUAGAGUAAGUAGUCUUGCAUGUUUAACAACCGAUUUAGAUAAAUAAAAGAAAUUGACUCCAUUAAUCAUACGAAAAGAUAAAAAGAAUUUCACUAUAGUGAAUUGA